UUUUCAAUUUUGAAAUUUGUCCUCAGUUAAAUAGGAGAAAGACAUAAAACAAACGUUUUGAACGUUUUUGAAAAUGACCUUCACCUUGGAUUCCUAAAUAAAAGUUCCGCAGUGAAAGUGACGUAGGGGCACUUGUUCAUCAAAGGAGGUACCCGGAAAAGGUGAUCCACUAGAGCUUCAUGACUAAAUUAUGUCCCGAGAAGAGAAACAUUAAUGACAGGCCUCGUCGAAAUGGCUUCCGUUCCGCCAUGGAAGCUCGGUUUAUCAAAUUGUAAUGGGGAUUUUGAGGAGUUUAAUGAAAUAGAUAGAAAUCAUUCCGACAACAACAUUCACAUGAACGAAAUGCUUGACAUUCCAACCUGGAAACGAGAAUUGAUGUCAAAGAAAACUAAAAAUGUGAUCCAAGAAAGUAAGAAAACUUGUGUUUUUGAUUCUUCUUCCAUUUCGCCGGUUAUUGACACCAAUAGUAAUGGUAUUAAAUCCCCAAAUGAACCUUCAAAGUUUGAGGAAAAGGUUAAUAAUGUCUAUCCUGUAAAAUCGGAUACAAGUACUAGUAGUGUGAUUUCCUCCAACUCUAAAAUGGGCACAAAUGCUAAAUCUUAUGAGGAAAAGGAUUAUAAGGAUGAACCAAUAAGAAAUAGUAUCGAAAUAUCACAUCUGAAACACGUUCAUAGUAAUCCAUUUUUUGAGAGACUUGGAGUUGAUCAUCCACACGGCCAUAUAUAUAAUGACAGUGUUCAAAGUGACAUGACCAAUGGAAUUACAGGCGAUGAUAAUGAUACGAAUGAAGCAUAUGCUCCAAAUUCAGGUUUUGUUGAUAAAUUGCGUCUAAAAUUUGCCAAAUUGAGGGAGAAGUCGGAGAAGAGUAAUUUCAAAUCAUCACGACGGUUUGCCAGUUUAGAGAGUUUGGUCGAUGUUGGAAAAUCAAAGCAUGAUGUAAAAUCAACAUAUGAGAAAGCUGGUGAUAAAAAUCAAAGGCAGCAUGAUAACAUUAAAAAAACAGCUGACUAUAAUAUUAGAACUAAACUGAGGAGUGCUCCUCCUCCUCCAGUGCAACGGCCGCGGGUAUCAAGUACAGGGUCGACAACAAAUGAUGUUGUAGUUGCAAAAAAUGAACAACAUGUGUCAUCAGAUUUUAUGAAAGGAAGGGAUGAUAUAGUUAUCAUUGAGCAUGAAGUGAAAGAUAAACCUACCACGGUGAAAAAAACUAAAGAUAUUCCGGAAGCUGGCAGUAUACAUUCCCUCAAAGAAGGAAAAGCAAAAACUGACUUGCCGAAACCUAAUACUGUGAUAACAUUCAGAUCUCUGUUUGAGAAAAGAGUGACAAAUACUCCAAAACUGCCCGAUUUUUAUGCAUCAAAAUUUAAUUUACCCAAAGGAAAACUGCCACCUAAACCAGCUGUCCCUCCAAGAAGGGUCUCUCAAUCAGCUAUUGAAACAUCCUCAAAAAUAGAAAAGGAAACAAUUCCUAAUGAAAAAAUAGAAAGCGAAUUUGAAAAAGAUAUUUCUACAAAGAAAUCUUCAGACAUGAUUGAGCCAACUCCUGCACAAACUGUGAAAGACUUAUCUCAGAUGUUUAAACAAAAGCCCGAUCGCCCAUUUGAGUCUCCAAAAACAAAGCGAAGGUCUCCAGAAAAAAAAGCAAUAUUUGAUUCAAGUGUUAUUACUCCUGUCAGGAAUGGAGUCAAAGAAGAUGAUAUAAUAAUAUCAUUAAAAGAAGAUAAUAAAGAUUUAUCUCCAAGAUCAGGUACCAUUGAUAAGCCUGCUCAUCCAAGAAAGAAACCAGAGAGAAUAAAUAGACCCAAAAUAUCACCCCAAUCAUCUGUGGAAGAGAAGUCAUAUAAAAUAAGUAAGCCUUUUAUAUCAUCUCAGACUUCAAUAGAAGAAGUUAAGAGAUCAAGUAAGGAGAUAAACCGAGAUGCAGAGGAUAAAAAACCUGAAGAUUCUACAACAUUAUUCCCCAAAAGAAAACAAAUAUUUGAUUCAUCUUUCAUCACAGAAACUGUCUCUUCACCUGUAGCACCACCAAGGGUCAAAGGUCAGAAACCAAAGAAACAAGCACCCAGUAUAGAGGAUGCCGAAAAAAAUAAAACAAUUUCAUCACAAUCACAAAAACAAACGGACAGUAUAAAACUGAAAGAUGGAAAUGAACAAGAAAAGACUGUCAAUUCAAGGAAUGUCUUUUCUGUUGAAGAAAUUAAUGAACGAAAUAAACAAAAGCAGUUGGAAGCUGAAAAACAUUUGCAGAAAAUUUCACAGAAAUCAGUGAAAGUUGAAAAUAACAGACAGAUUUCAAAUAUUCCAAAAGAUGAAGACAGCAAAAAUAAUGAUACUCCAACAAGGGGAUUGCCAUCAAUAAUAGCAAAUAGACUUAACAAAACAGACAACAAUGUAAAUAUAGGAAAAGGAAUUAUUCCACUUUCUAGUGCUAAAGACGAAAGUUCUGAAGAAGAAGAAGAACCAAGACUUGUAAAACCUAGUCAUCUACGUUCAAUAAAAUCAUCUUCACCUAAUGUGCCAAAUAAAAACAAUGAAGAAAACAGCUCAGAAACUUUGAAUUUUAAAAAUGUUCUUAAAUCAUCUAAAAACAAUCAAGUGCCACGAACAAACAUUGAUGAUUUAAUAGGUGGUCGAAAGAAUAAAAAGCCAUCUGCUGUGUUCGACUCUAGCAAUAUAGCUGUAUCACCGGCCACCAAUGGUGUUCCUCCAUUAAAUCUGUCAGAUUUAGUCAACGAUAAACCAUUAGGUCACCCAUAUCAAGAAGGAUACAUUGCAACGAAAAUUGCACCUUGUAAUUAUGUGUUUGAGGGAGCUGGCGUUAAGUUAAAAACAACUCCAUUGGUGAAAAGAAGAAUGGAUAAGGGAAAGAUAAAAUUCCAUGAAGAUCCUCGACUACAUGAGUAUCAGUCAGAGGGUGCUGCCCUUCAUGAUUACCUCGCACAGAAUCCCCAUGAGGAGGUGGAAGCUAAAAAACAACAUGAGGAAACAACAGUGACCAUGUCCCUAGGAGGCUCAUUAGGGGAUGAGUCUUCUGAUGAUGUGGACGAACCUACUACCCCUAGAGAGGAUGGUACCAUUAAAUCUAAUACACCCUUAGGGGGACUCUCAGCGGUUAAGGGAUCAGCAAAGAUGAAGACGGUGAACUGACGAACUACAGAUCUAAAUACCAAACAGAAGAUUUCCAGUUUGGAAUGUCAUUCAGUGAACCUGAACCAGAACCAAAGAAAGAAGAAGUGGAAAUUGAGGAUUACGAGAACAAGGAUUUUCAACCAGCCGAUGAAGACAGUACAAUAAACUAUACAGAUUCUAGUAUAACAGACAUGUUAUUUUAACAUACAGUUAUUUAUUUAUUUAUUUACUAUUGUCUUCAUCAGCUCAUGCGCGGUCUUACCAUUGUCAUUGCUAAACGUCUUUCUGUCUCUGUGUGUUGUGAGAAGUAUAAAACAGAUAAUCAGUUCAUUCCUGUUGUUGUUUCAUCAACUUAUCUUGUAUUUUACAACUAUUUUUUUAUAUUGUAUGAGCAUAGAAUGAUGCCACCAUUUUUGUUGGGCUUUUUUCACUGCAAUGACUUAAAUUUUGUAUGAUACUGUGACGUUAGUAAUUUGAUGACUUUAAAAUCUUAUAUAAGUGUGUCUGAAUGGGGGUUUACAGUUGGGCAAGAUUUCAGAAUAAAUGGCUAAAAUAAUAAAGAAUAGUUAAAAAAUGAGGCAGAAAAUGAGAAGGGGUACGGAAAAAUAAGGAAUGGGGAAUGAUAGGCAAAAAAAGAAAAGAGAAAAAUGUCUAGUGUAUUAAGGAAAAGUAAAAUGAAGACCCCCCCAUCAGACCUUCUUAUGUUUAACUUGACAUCUAUAUGUAAAACAACCAGAAAACUCCUUUAUUAUUUUGAUAUUGCAUUUGAUAAUACUGAUCAGAAUGAAUUCAUUUGAUUUGUUCGCUCAGAAUAAGUGCUACUGAAACUUGAUGAAGUAUAAGAUCAUUUUCAGCUUAUACAAUUACCUCUUAUUUGAAUAUUAAAAAUGACACAAAUAUAGUUUUGAGGCCCUUUUUAAAACUUACUUAUGUUUUAUUUCAUUGAAAAUAUUAAUAUUGUAUGAUUUCUCAAAUACAAUCACAAUUUCACUUCUGGUACAAAAUGUAUUUAUAAAAAUUUUGGAUUAGUAAAAAUAUUUCCAAAUCACAUUGAAAUGCUCAAAAAUAAAUUGGGUUACUUCCAAUUUGAAAUAUAUUUUUAAGUUUUAUUUUGUUCACUGUUUCUGAUGAAAAAGUAGAUUUGAAGCAUAAUUUUAAUAUGUCUCCUUACUGUCAUGAUAUCUGUUGUCAUGAUAGAUGGUUGCCAUGGUAAUUGUUAAAAUGGCUGCUUGUUGUAUCCGUAUUUGUUAUAUUUAUGAUAGAUGUAGAUUUGUUGUGUUUAUAAAUGUUUGUAAAUUAAAUAUAUUGUUUUAUUUUGAUAAAAAAAGAAUUGUUACUGUAUCACUAUUUUAAAAGAAUAUAAGUUUACAUAGAAUUAUAAUCUACAGCUGUUAGCAAAGUUUAAAUUAUGAUUUAUAAUGUCUCAAUAAGAAAUAUCAAAAGAAGAGGCUAGUGAAAUCACACUAAAGGUCAGAAGGAAAUAAAUGAGAUUUUUUGGAUAGUCAGUCUGAAAAAAUAGGUUUAUCUGCUUUUAGAGUGCUCCAUUUUAGAGUGGGGAGAGGAGUGAGGUAAUUGAGGGUGAUGGACAGAAACUGGCAGUUUUUUUUACAGUAUCUCCUAUUUGAAUAAGUCUUAUUCUAAUAUUACCAAUUGAUCUGGCAAAAAUCUUAAAAUGGCGUUCAUUGAUCUCUCUGAUUAAUAUUCCAGAUAUUCUCAUUUUUAACAGAAUUAUUAUAUUUUUGAAAGGUCACAUGUGUUCAUUUUAAUGAACCAUUUCUAAGCUUUACUUGAUAACUAUUUGACAAAGAGACAACCAAAGACACAUUUAUGUGUAUAAUCAUGUCAUAAUACUGGUGUUAGAAUUUUAUUUAAUUACCGGUAUGAUUCAACUGAAAUUUUCAUGAACACCACAAAUUCUUUUAUUUUGUGUUUAGAAAUUUUCUUUAUUAAACUAAUCAGCAUUUUCUUCAAUUGUUUUAUAAGAAAUACUAACUAUUACUCAAAUUAUUAAACCUUUAUUUCAAAAAAUCAUUUCAGUAGUGUUAAUGUUUUGCUAUUGAAUUUUGUCCAAAUUUAGUAAUAACUAAUUUUUUUGGGGCUGGUCUCCAAGUUAGUUAUCAAGGGGAAAUAACUCUUAAUAAUUUGUAACUUUUACAUUCCAUUGUUAAAAAUCCAUGACUCAAGAAAUGUUACAUUAAUAUAUUUACAUUCAGUAAGCAAGCUUAAUGUGAAUUGUAAGGUAAUUAGAUUUAUUAUUAUUGUGAAAAUGUAUGCUAUGGAAUUUUUUUUUUAUUCCAUGAAAGAUGUUUAAUGGCAAAAACUAUUCCUUUGUAUACAUAUAUAAUACCAGCUGUGCUCAUUUUAUAUUAUGAUGGUUUCAUUUGUUUUUGGUCCAUUUUUUAAAAUAAUUACUGCAUAUAUGAUUAGAUCCCUGUAAAAACCUCUUCGGCUUCUUAAUUUUCAUAUAAAGAGUUAGAAUUGUAUACAUAGAUUUAUGUAAUUGAUAUAAAAACUAGUUUCUUAUCUAAAAUCACUCAUUAUUUCAACCUGUUUCAAAAAAAUCAAAUAUACAACAAGCAAUUUACACAUAACUGUUUAUUUCAUGGAUUCAAUUUUUUUUUAAGAAUAUCUAUGCUUUGAUUCAAUAGAAUAUAUGACCAUGUUGAAAUUCUGGUAUUGCAUGUAGGUCUUGUGCAAAACAGUUUCAUAUUCAUAACCCACUAACACAUACUUUUUUCACGUAUAUGUGGUGUUUUUUUCUUAAAUUUGAAACUAUUAACAUAAACAUAAAAUUAGCGAUAGAAAGAGAAAAUUUAAAAGGAAUACAGUGGUGAGAAAAAAUGAACUUUUUUUUAUUCAACUAGUAAAAGAUUAAAACAUUCAUUUUUAAAUACAUGUAGCAUAAUUAUUUAUUUUUACAUUCAUAUGUACAAUAUCAUUCCAUUUCAGAAUUUCUUGUCUGAUGUUGUAUAAAUGCUGGGAGACAAAUACAAAUAGGUUUUUAUUAGUAUUUUAGGUGAGCUUUACCUUUGGUCAAAAAAACUAAAAGUUUGAAUGUUUGAUUUGACAAACUUCAGAAACAGAUUCAAAUAAGUUUAAGGAUGUUCACUUGUCAUGUUUUGGAAUUUUUGUCAGAUUUUCGAAAUCCUCUGGUUUUAUCCAUUUGAAUGCCUGACAAACUUCAGAAACAGAUUCAAAUAAGAUUAAGAUAGUCAAAGACAUGAUGUUCAGCAUGAAAUGCGGAUUAUAAUGCAGAUUAUCUAGCAGGGAUGAUGUUAGUAAAACAUUUAGAAUUGAAUGGUUACAGUUGUCUUUUUUAGCAAUAUUCAACCAUUGUCAACAGUUGUAAUCCUGUACAAGUUGACUGUCCCUUUGGUAUCUUUCGUCCCUCUUUUAAAUUGGAUUUUUUGUUUAUCAUAAUUAAGUAUAUAAUAAAUGCUGAUUUUUAUCAACAUUUUGAGUUAAAGCUUCAAAUGUGAAAAUAAAUCAAAUAAUAUUGGAAAGCUUAUAUUAAAGUCUAUUUUAUACUAUUUGUAUGAGUCUUGUCUUCCUGCAUACAUUUCAACAUUGUCACAUGAUUUUUUACUUUCUUCCAUUAUAUCAUGUGAUUAAAUUUGUAGUAUAAAACACUAAUGAUUGGAAAUUUAAUUUAACACAGGGUAUAUAUGCAAUCAAUACUUAAUUACUAGUAUGCAAUAGUGGAAAUCUAGUGUAAUAUUACAUUCAAUAUUGUGUAUCAGUGUGCUACACUUUAUACUAGUGUAUACUACAUUGUGCCUCAAUUUAUUACAUUGUUUAUAAGUGUAUUACAAUGUGUGUUAUUGUAAUACAUGUGUGACAUUGAAUAUAUUUGUGUACUACCUUGUAAUCAGUUAAUUAUAUUGUAUAUAAUUGAUUAAUUCAGUAGCACUAUAUGUUAUUUUAUGCCUUUGACAUUAACUAGUGUAAACAUUUUGUAACUUAACUCUAAAUAAUUGUGAUUUGUAUUUUGCAUUCCAAAUGAUGAACUUAUUUGAUUUUGAUUAAUAAUUCUUCAUCUGAACACUGGUACUCGUUUAUCUUAAAAUGAUACAUGUGUCUACACUUUUGAUGUUGAAUAGUUCCUCAAAUCUGGAUUAUGUUAAUUGUCUACUACACUGAAUACAUGUAGUAGUUAAUGCUAAUUUAGUGCAUGUCUUUACAAAUUUUGUAAAAGGAUCUAUUUUCUUUAUUGAUUACUUCAAGUAUUUAGUAUGAUUUCAUAAUAAUAUUGAGAAACCUCUCCUAGAAUUCACCAUACAUUGUAUUUAGAUUUUCAAUUGAUGAUAAUUGUAUGAGACGGAAAAUCAAGAUAUUUUUCUUAGAGAGAAUGCAUUUGUAGGUAUUGAUUUGUAAGUAUUAAAAGGAAUAUAGAAAUCCUCUUAGAUAACCGACUGUCUCAAAAGUAGACUGUUAGAAAUAGUUAACUUACAGUAAUUUAUUCUAUUAUUACAAAGAAUAGUUGACUUGUAUUUGCACGAUGGAGUUUGGUCACAUUCUGUUUCUUACAUUGAUAAUGUGUAGUUUCAUGAAGACGUUUUUUACAAUUCAGACAUGAGUUAUCUCUCAUUCCAAAAAUUAAGAAACCACAGGUACGGUGAAAAGAUAGGAUUCUUUUAAUAAGAAAAUUCUCCAUGUGACAUUUAGGUUUGUUGUAAAUAUUGCCAAUAUGAAAGUACUGUUAAAUCAAUGUUAAUAAUAGAUAUACAUUUGUAUAGGUUAUUAGUUAAAUUCAACUAUUAGGAAUGUUCUAUGUAGCAAUUGCCUUUUACACUACUGUUUGGACAUAAGGAAGAUUUUGUGAAAGGCUGAAUUAAAAGAAAUAUUUCAACAUUCUCAUUCAUGCAUUUUACAUACAGCUAUGGCACUGAAACAUGUUGCAUUGUAUUCCAAAUAUAUGUAGUUAGACUUAUCUAUUUUUAUACAAGGAUUGACAUUAUAAUUUUAUUAACUGAAGUUGUUUUGGCCAGUUCCCUAGACAAUGCUAUAUUGUGAGUAUUUCUACAGCUUACAAAUGCGUUAAAAGUCAGCUUAUAUUCAUUCCAUGAUGCCUCGAUCUUGAUUUUAUUCAAGGUAAAUAAAUUGUAAAAUUCAUUUUAACCUGAUAGAAGAUUUUGUGUACAUGGUUAAUGUAAACAAUGUAACUUUUUGUAAAUUCUUUUCAAAUUAUAUGCAUCUCUGUUUUAUUGUGAUGGCAAAAUAAUAUACAUCUUUGCUAAAUUUGUUAUAUCUUUGUUGUUGUACAUCUUUUACUAGAAAUGUACCUUGUUUUGCUGCCUGAAAAUACCAGAAUGCAAAUAAUGUGCAAAAGUUCAUUGUCAAUUUUUAUAUAACUAUGUACUAAUAUGUAAUAUGACCUGUUUUAUGGGUUGAUUGCUAGAGGUUAUAUUGUCUUUUUUGUUUCAAAAUGUUCCUUUAUUGAAUGAGAGUUAAAUAGUGAGAAAUAUAUCUAUGAAAAAUGCUUAUAGUUUUCCAAAUUUUUACUGUAUUUACAUUGUUAACAGCUUUGAUUCCAUUAAUAUAUUUUUUUUUCAAGAAGUACCAAAUAAUACAUUUUUUGUUUGUUUUCUGUGAUUGUCUUGAAUAAUUUUCAACUUUUCUUAUAAUUUAUACAUAACAAACUCAUUUUUUUGUUAAGAUAAUCUAUCUUUAUAUUGUAUAUAUUUCAAAUAAAUCGUGCUUAUUCACAUAA